UUGCACACAACGCGUUCACACAUCAUGGAUAGAGGUUGGCCAUGCUUUCCAUGUUAGCUGGUUGCCAAACGCCGAAAAACUCAAAAUAUAUUGAAGUUCCGCAUGCUCAAUUUUACCGCCAGGUACCAUUGAUCCGCUGAGAUUCAACAUGGCCAGCCAAGUUACGAACACUAGCGAAGAGCCGGAGAAUCUCAGAAAGAUCUUUCUUGGGGGUCUGAACCGCUCUACCACCAAGGAUGACCUCAAGACGCAUUUUGAGCAGUUCGGCGAAGUGACGGACUCCAUCGUCAUCCUCAACACCGAGAAGCAGUCCAAAGGCUUUGGCUUUGUCACCAUGGCGACCAUUGAGGAGACUGACAAGUCGUUAAGGGAGAACAACUGCGGGAGCCAUGACAUUUGCAAGAAGAAGGUGGAGGUGAAGAGGGCCAUUCCGCGUGAUUCAAACAUCUCAGCUGAGGCCACCAACCAAAUCUUUGUGGGCAACUUGGGUACAAACAUCACAGAGGAGCACUUGCGGGAAUACUUCAGCCAGUUCUCACCGGUCAAGUCGACCAAGGUCAUCAAGGAGAAGGGCGGGGACAAGAGCAGGGGGUUUGGCUUUGUUGAGUUCGAGGAGCCCUUCGGCCACCAUGCUGUCGAUAAGUUAGCAAUAAUGGAGAAGCACACAAUCGAAGGCCGGCAGGUUUACUGUAACAAAGCAGAAGACAGAAGUAACAAAGAAGACAACUACUAUGGCAGACAUCAAGCAAUGAGAGGAAAUCCCUUUGGCCGGAAUCCAGGCAGAAGUGGAAUGCCGGGCUACUAUGAUGGAUAUGGAGGUGGAAAUUACGGCUGUUAUGGCGGGGCAAGGGGCGGCUACGGGGGUGGAGGCUACGGGGGUGACCCCUAUGGGGGCGGCAAC